UGAUAUCUAUGCUCUCUAAUCCCCAACUAUAAUCCACAUUGACUUGUUUUCCCGGUUUUGGAACCCCAAAAUCAAAGCACCCUAUUAGAUAGCAGUGCCAAAUUGAUAGGGAAAGAAGACGCAAGCUCCAUCAGCAUUCCCACCCAUUUCAGGGCUGCUUUGAUUUUGGGGUUCCCAGUUUUGGGGUUCAGAUUUUAAAACAAAAUGGCGGCCAGACAGUAGGUUGCACGGCCCCCACUUUUAAAGAUAUGAGUGUGUUUCAUUCAGAGUUUGUCAUGUCUGUACAAUCAACAUGCUCUGUCUGCUGGCCACCUUCACACUAGAUUCCAGUUGCCAUUGUGUUUAACCAUCUACUACAUCUUAAUAUUCUUUCACACCAUUGCUGAUCCAUAUGCAGGUACCAGGGGGAUUAAUUCAGUACUUCAGAACUUGUCUACUGGCCACCUUCAAAGGUUAGGCCUUUGAAGCCAGUUGCCAUUGUUAUGUAGGGUUCAGAAGGUACCUGGAGAAAAAAUAUGCAAAAUCCGGAAUCAAACACGAGGUACUGUUAAAAGGGCAUGUAAGGCCUACAUUUUCCUACCCUGUAUAUAAGUUGGGCAUAUCUUCGGCACCCAAACUGCAUCAUUUGUACUGCACAUACCCCCUCUAUUUGCCAGCGCCAUCACAUUUUCCUAAAACAAAUAGCAGCUUUCACCUGGCGGCCAUUUUCCCUCUGAUACAUUAUCAUCUGAAAUAAGACAUGUAAUGCAGAAUGCAGGUUUACACAGGCACAACAUACUUUGAUAAAAAAAAAAAAAAAGUUCUGCUGGGUUUGAGCACUGUAAUUUCUGUGGGAACCAGUGAUGCUCUCUCUUCAUUGGCUGUUAGUCUGGAGGGUGUGUUAUGUAAUCUGAGCUGAAAGGAUCUGAGCAUGCUCUCUGAGCCAAGAGCCAAAGAAAAUUCCUGAGGGGGGGGCAGAGUAGUUUAAUGUAGUAGAAGGAUUUGUAGCUGAUUAAGGGGAUACUGCAGCCUUACUGUUAACCUUUUAACAACCAGAGUGGCAGUUAUCUAAAGAUUUCAGAGACGCUGUUCAUUGAUUACAUUUUUGUGAAAAGGGUUUGACAUGUCAUUUAAUACUGAAAUGGUGUUACUGAUUUUAACUUUAAAUUACAUAUUUAAAGAUAAAUAACCUUGUUAUAACCUUCUGCUUUCAGGUUCAAAAUGUUUCAAGGUGGCUGUAUUUUGUCAACCCAAACGAAGCUUCGGUUAGCUGCAUACACAACAUUGAGAGGAGCAUGCAGAAGAGCUUUAAAGAAAUUGGAGCUUCGGCAGCCAGCAAGGCGACAUUACGUAACUACAUCGGUGCAGUCAAGAAAUUUAUAAGUUACGUCACCUCAGAUCCUCAACUGUUGGAAGAGGAUUCAUCUCUGCGUGGGUCGAUUGAGUCAUUCUUGAAACGUAUGAUGGAGGUCCAGAGGACAACAUACAAGGAAAAAUCUGUGGGAAGAAAGGCGACAAAUCCAAAGGAGUGCCAGGAAGUUCUGACCAACGCACACCCAUAUUUUGUGGCAGUAAUUGAUCGGGCCAAUGUCAAGACUGAUUUAGAAGAGAGGGACAUGACAUUGGUGCUCUUCUACUUAGAGGCUCUCUUGACUUUGCAGCACCUACAGAAGCCAAGUGUCCUUCUGAACAUGACUGUUCAACAGUGGCUGGAAAGGACACGUUACCAGGGACACGCUACAGGCAGCGUAGCAGCUGUCAUAAAGGUGAAGGCUGAAAGAGAGCAUAUCGUAGUCCUUCAAGAAGCAGAAGAGAUGUGGUUUGACACCUUCUUCAGAAGAGUACGACCAAUUUUUAUCAAGAGAAGCUUGAAAGGAGAAAACUAAUAUUUUUUUGUCUCCAGUAAAGCAAAAAUCAAGAACCCAACAUCCGAUGUCCGCAGAUUUCAAGAAAGGUUUGAUGCUUGUUUGGCCAGCGGGCAGGAAACACUGGACAUUUUUACAAAAGUCAUCAGUGACAGCAACUUGAGGGACCAGGAUCUCAUUAAAAGAUAUCUGAAGGCAGAUUCAAGUCGGGAUGAGAGCAGCAUUAACGACUAUAUACGUGCUGCCAUCAGAGUGAGUGAGCUGCAGAGGACAUGGGUCGAACCCUCACACUCAAGGUAAGUUUAGCUAAUGGAGUGAGCAUCAUCAUUGGCAGUAGUCUGUCCGAAUUUCUCCCAAGCUUUCUGCUUUCAAGAAUUCCCUUAAAAUGCACUACCUUCACUAUUAACUACCCAAUGCAAUACCACAUACACUACCACAUCUCUCACCCACUUAACUCUAAUCUUGCCCUCUCCCACACCUUGUGUAUCAUUCCCUUCCCUUUAGAUUGUAAGCUCUUUCUGCACAGAGCCUAACUCACCUUCUGUACCAGUGUUUAUUGUGAUGUAUGCAACUCCCUAUUUAUUGUG